GGGUUGGACAGCAAAAAAAGAAGCAACCGACUUCCUUCAGUAGCAAACCUAUCUUGGCAGUAAAUUCAAGACACACAUCAUAGAAAAUCAAGACAAGAAACGAAGAAGAAAUCUCCCCGAACCGAAGGGCAUCCUGACUUGAUCAGCAUCACAAAGAACGGGGAACAACGCGCAGGAUGGACCAAUCGAUAUUUUCGCUGUUUACCACCAAAGACUGGCCAUUUCAAUCGGCAAGGAGGGCUUCAGAUGUCAAUGAAACAGACAGACAUGCCCAGAAACAGAAAUCGAGGAACAGAGGUGAAGAAGACUUACUGGCGAGUAAGAGGCUUCGAUCACGCGAAGAAACGAUCGAUGGGAUGUUGUUCUUCGAUCGGCUGAUGAAACUAGGCUCUAUCCCUAACUUCAAGGAGCUCUUCCCACCACCCCAUCCAUCUCGUCUCCGCCAGCUAUUAGACUCCAUCGAUGCCUGUGCAUUCGACCUACUGAAAAAGAAUUGCUUGGUGUACUACCUCCUGAAAGAAUAUGGCGAUGGUCGAGAAAAUCGCUUUGCAAUCGAUCGAUUGAUCCCAUCUCAUUUUAGUCGUGGACUCGAUGGUCUAUGGGCACUCGAUCACUCCCAAUGGCAGUCUGCCAUCCGAUCCAUGUCUGAUCCGACUGUCACGCCAGAUUUCUUACCAGAAAUCAUCCGGACUCUUGCUACCCAACCCCCUCUAUACCUUAGAUCGGACUAUGUCAUGCGGUUUUAUCAGCUUACCCAACCUUCACUCGAUCUUCCAUCAAUCGAAUUCGUAUUACGAGCCAUGUGCAUCAAUUCUAACCUUCGAUCUGCCUGGGCUCUUCAACGCUCCUAUGGCCGACCGGAGCGGGAUCGGCUGUUAAGGAUCCUAUUCGAAACGUGCUUUGGUCUCAAUGACCAUCGUCAACCACUAGCAGAAACCCUGCAAAUUAUGGUUGCCUUUCCAUUCGACGAGCUUGAAGACACCACUUUAUCUCGAUUUGCCAUCGGCGCACCUCAGUUGUUGCCCGGGCCGCAUUCAAUGGUCGUGAUUCAAUUUUACCUGAGCAAACUCACUUCCGAGGCUCGUUACAUUGAAGCUAUCAGAUUUGAACGCGAGUUGUUGGAAUCAGCUGGCAUCGUCUCUAAUCCUGAAAUCGAUCGCGUCAUCCGAGGCAUUGCUGAGAUGCUACCGGAGGUUCAACGAAACAUGCUGGAGCUCGAAUUCGAUCAACAGCAUCCAAUCCUAAACCAAGCCCAAACAUCCAACGGGAUGGCGGAAGACCCUUCAAACGAUAUGGACCUCAGCGCCAGUUACGAUGUAUGCUCACUUGCUUGGGAUCCCCCUGCUUCACCACCAACAUUACCACCUCCCAGUUCGUUGGCCGAAGCACGCACCCAACAGGAACUACUCAACCCACCUAAAACAACUGUUUCCCGGACUUCGCUGCCUCUAUCAGCCUCGCCAUUUUUAAGGCGCGCGAUGCCAAGGAUGUCACUUGACAAGUCGAAUGUACCACAAAAGGUACUUCUCAAAGCACUCGCCUACACCCGUCAACCCACAGCACCCAACUCACCGGAUCCCCUGCAAGAGCCAGCUCUGCCCGAUCAAGUUGGUGACCAAGGUGACUCCGAUAUGCCACCCACCCCGGCGCCUUCCCGCACCACUCCUCGCUUCACACAUUUUGUCGGUCCAUCUCGAUUGCCAGCCAGUGCAACUAAGCCACCACCCCCACCACCAAACUUCUCGACAUCCUUCGCCCGUUCAAGCGUCGCGGCCACGGGCAGUCCAUUCCAUAGACUAAGCUUUCCAGAGGUAGAAAAGCCCUCGCCAGCGGUAGCUGAAGAACGAUGGCCAACUCGAAUAGCAUUCACUCCCCGUCGACCGUCCCAUAAAAGAGUGGAGGAACGGGCGCCCAAACAGGGGAUCCCGACGCAGAACAUUCGAGAAGUACGGAACACCGCUAGCAGUGAAAGUAGUGAGGAGCCCAUUGCCAGCCGGCCACCGACGAGUGUACCAAAGCAACAAUUUGCGGCUGUCGUGGUUCCCCGAGACAACAGACGAGAACUCAAGUCGCCCCCGAAGAAAAUGGCCAGGGUGAGUAAGAACUCGACCCGUCGGGCACCACAGAUGGACCGGGUUCUCCCAGGCGGAUUGAACCUCGAUGAUGAAGAGAUGGACGAGCUUCCGGAGACCAGUCAGCUGGAGCAAUCCUCGAUUGAAACCAGUAAACCACCGUCACGUAGAAACGAAGCUCACCCCAAAGAAAACUUCCAACCAUCUCAUCGAUCCACCACCACCACCACCACCACCCGAAAAAAAGCCAAGGUAGAUGAUCAUAACAGCCACAGUAAUGCGCAUUUGCAAGGCUCUACCGUCGUCCCACCCGUCACGCCGCGUCGAUCAACUAGGCUACAUUCCACCACACCGGCUAAGAAGUGGGUCCUUCCCGGCGGCAUGAUCGAUCAUGAUUCGAUCGAGGAAGACGACGAUGAACAUGUCCCUCAUCGUCAUCAUCAAGAACCACUCCAAAGCUCUCAAGGCUCUAGAAAAACCCCUGGUAAAUCUAAAAGUAGGAAGAAAGUGGUCUCUAAUAAAUGAUUCUGUCCUUCCUUCCUCUUCUUCUUUUGUUUGUUUGCUUAUAUAUGUAACUUAUAUAUACAUAACUUAUAUAUACACAGCUUAUACAUGCAUAACAUACUU